AUGUGGGCGAAACUGGGCGGAAACUGCAAACUCGCCUACAAGAACAUUAAUGUGCCACUCGAAGGUUAGACCCUAACUCUCAACUAGAAACACACGUUGGGGAAACGGGGCAUACUUUUGACCUCCAGAGGGCUACCAUCUUAGGCCGAGGCAACACAAAAACAAAACGGCUAACUCUCGAGGCGUGGUUCUCCGAUGCCCACUCUACCAACAGGCAUCUGGACCUUCCUGCAGCUUACAAAGUCCUACGUCAUCACAACCGUAGAGCUCAGGACCAAUAACCACACCGGACUUAAGAAGACAGCACAAAGAUAGCUCGACGCUGAGCUUACUCGGUGAGGAAGAACAGGAACCGCCAGACCGACCGCCCGACUAAAGUCCAAUCAGCUCCCCUCGACGGAUUGGUGACUCAUAAAGCGCACAGGCAAAAACGCCCAUCAACCAUUUCCUGAGAGGCCGACGCAGCGGGAGAAGAAAAAAAAAUCGAUCAGCAUCAGGCCAGCCAACACAGCUAUCCACUUUAAAUUAAAUCUCUGAUCGAUUAGGUGCAGUUUACGCUUUGACAAUGAAGAGCCGACCCAGCUCUUUGAAACGUCAGCAGUUAAAUAAACCUAUUCCGGAGAGCCAAUUUUCUUCUUCUAAUAAUCUUCCCGGAUCUCUAAACUUUUCCAAUCUGAACAGUACAGGCAAUGGCCAAAAGUGCAGGGACGAGUGUUACUGUGAUAUUAUGCCACUGCAUGACGCAACGACGAGCUGUUCAGUGUAUUCGUUGGCCCUCAGCGUUCCCCAUGUGUACUCUGGUAUAUGAACUCCAGUUUGAAUGCUGACCACUAGAUGCUAUUGCCAGACCAUUUGCAGUCCGUGAAUAUCACACGAUUAUUGGGCACUAGCUAAUGAAUUUUAGUAAACAUAUUUGUAUCAACAUUCGAACUAAGACUUAAAAGCUUUAUUAUAGAGAAGUUACUUCAAAUAGGCACGCCACUUUUGGAGGACAAUAAAGAGAUCCCAUUUAAAAUAUAGUUUAUUUAACAGAAAGCUCACGAGGAAUGACGAGAGACCGAACAAUGAGUCUCAGAUCUCGCAAUACCGUCAUGGAGCGACAUAUAAUCAGCGGAGCAUGCAUACCUGGGCUUUUAGCUAGUAUUUGCACUGUCCGUAUGGCAAAAAUUUUGGUUUUUCUGUGUGGAAUUUUGCAAAGUGCGAAAAUUGUUGUUCAGCGAAUUUGCUUCAUUAGUGGAUAACCGCAAAUGAAGUUUGACACGCGAAAUUCCGCACCGGGUAGCGAUCACGCAAUAGGCUUUAGAGGGGCUCUAAAUGUUAUUUUCGUUCAUUCGAAGUAAAAAAAAUACGAUACAAUUUAACGGUCGUCCUAAGUUGCCCCUAAGAUCUGAUAUGCUGUCUGUUUUUUACGUACGUGCCUGAAAUUUACGAAAUAUAAAUCGCAUUUCUUAAGUCUGCCCAAGUGGCAAGCCCAUUUUUAACACCAUGCCUCCCUCUUUGGAUGAUCAAGGGUGUAAUAAUAUUUACCAAUGUGAUAAUUCCACAAUGGCCAUAUUCUCGUAAUCCGGUCAACGAAAGUGAGCCUUCUUACACAUCUUAUUGAAUAAUUAGACUCUCGUUUGAUGUUCACUUCCUGUGUCUAGGCAAAAAGCUGCACGUCAGCUUAUUUUCGUUAAUUGAUCUUCCAGGCUGAUGACAAAAGGGGGAUAUGCACAUUCGUUCUUUAAAGCGCCAAGCCUACUGAUUGUGAUAUUUCGCAUUUCUUUGCCUUUUAAAUCAGUUCCUUUUGAAAUUUUUAAUAGACGAAUUAAAAUUAAUAGAUCUGCAACAAAUAUGCCUGAGAAGUGCGUUAUUUUGACGACUUUAUAUUUUUAGUAUCCUGCUAUAGCUCCUAUUCUAAAUAUACUGUUAUUCGACGACCGGCAAACUGUGAGGGCUCCGAACUGAAGCACAAGCACAACGGAACAAGCUUGACCCCUAACCCGACUGCACAACCUACUUCCAACGCAAUUAGUACUCCUGAUCGUAAGCGACAGGACAAAGGACCCGCGACUCCGUGGCAGAUCGUUGGCCUGAACAAUGUUAGAAUACAAAAGAAGGGGCUUCUAAUCUCAUACUCUGGAAAUUUACAAUUUGAUAGGAUUGGCUGACGACGUACAAUAAGCCAAAAACAGCCAUUUCCGGCUCUCUAGUCUUUGUUGGAACCCCAUCCUUUAUAAAGUACACUGUGUCAGUUCUGUGGAUAAGUUAUGUGGAAUAUAAUUACGUGCAGAACCUGGAAUUACACAGUAUGUAGCCGAAACUACGGAUCAAGCGAUGUGUAAUCAGGAUCCACGGUUUGUCCUCGUCAGCUAUUAAACUUUUUUCUCAUGAAAAUUCAUUUUUCUAGUCUGUCACUAGAUAAUUUCAAAUUAUGUUUCAGAAUUGAGCACAUUCACAUCACUCCGAAGUCGCACAGUGUUUAAUAUGUCUUAUAUCAGAUAUAUGCUUGCCGAAAUUGCUUUAAACCAUUGCUGGCCCGAAUUGAACAUAUCGUGAGGGAAACGAAAUAAACACAUUAAUGUCUGAGUCCCUUAAAAUAUAAUCAGGUAGAGGGGCGCUCACCGGUCGUGCUACGGAACUCGCUCGUCCUUGUCGAGCUCAGCCAACAGCCACACAGCGACGCGUGAUAAAAUCAUAAUGGAACGGCCGCUUCUGACUUAUUAGCCGUAGUCACCCAGUCAUACCCAAACCUCAAUUGUAGAACACCUGGGUCUCGAUCCCGCCACCUGUUGGUUAGAAGUCCAGAACAGCUGACGAGGUUUUGUACUAACUGAUUGUUUACCUCUAGUGAGUCUGCGAAGGUCGAUUAACGACGUUAAAUUACUCGUGGCGGGUGACGGGAGGAUAGAAGACUUUUCCGACUGUCCUCUGUUAUCCUCGCACUCAUGUACAUAGAGUGUAGACUGUCGCAGUUUGUCAGUGUUUAUGUACUCCACGUAAAACUUAUUCUCCUGCAAUCGUAGUUAAAAAAAACCUCCAGCUUCCACUCAUCUACAUGAACAGCCCAACAGCCGCAAACCCGCCGAAUUCGUCAAUGUAAAUCCCAUCAGAACAUGUUGGACUCCGGAGAGGGCAUGUCCUGAGUGGAGGUCAGUAAGCGAUCUUCAUCCCGCUGCCCUAAGGGAGGUUCAGGUGGAUGUUUUUCUAGUUGCAGACGCCUACAGCCGUGAUGAUUAAUACGUCUGUUGCAAUUAGCCGUCAAUGCUGAUUGACACAGACUGCCGCUGGAAACCGAGGUUAUGGGAAGGCUAUCUUAGUGGGUGAUGAUGUGCAUCUGCAACGCAAUUAUCCCAGGAUCACCCAUUCAUCUGAAAAGGUGACAGACCGUCUAGGCUGUGGUGGGCACAAUUUUGCGCUUCAGCGCUAGCGCGGUAGUAACGCCAAAAGGUUCGCUGCUGCAACGCACGGGAUAUUAAGGAAAUUAGCAGUUUUGUUUGUAUAUGAGUUAGCUGAAUUAUUAACUUCGAAAGUGUCCUACAAGUAGGGGUAUGAAACGACUGGCUAGAAUUUUUUAAAUUUCGUCGCUCCCAUUGGGGAAUAGAGUAUUGGGAGCUUAGCGAGCGUCGUCCUUGUAGAGUGAUGGCCGAGGUCACGUGUCGCCCGUCCAGGUCAAAAGGUCUAAAAGUGUGCUGUGUCAGUAUCAGCAAACCGUGGCCGUCAAACCUUGGUAUGCGCUGGCACCUGCUUCCCUGCCAAUAGCUGUGCUUGCAUUUCUGCUGUGUAUACAGGUGGUGUGCAUGGCUGCACAGUCAUCAUCGUCCUUCUGACUUCUGUUGGGGUGUUUUUGUUGGUGAAAAAUCCUGGUCAGGUGUAUGGUGAUGACCAGGGGGUGUGAUGGCACGCCUAGGUGCGCUUCGAGAAAUCGGACAUAGCAAGGCGGAAAAAUAUCUACUGUCGGAGCCCACCUGAUUUCAUGAAUGAACGAAAAUAACAUUUAGAGACCCUCUAUAGCCUGUUGCGUGAUCGCCUGCCUCUUCCCCCUCCGCCUGCCUCUUCCUCCUCCUCUCCGCCGCCAACUUUCCCUGACAAUUCUUCUGACCCACCACUUCCAUCAUCCUUUUCCUCCUCCUCCUCCUCCUCCUCCUCCUCCUCCUCGCCCACUGCUCCAACGGCGGCCGCUCAGGCGACUGUCCCGCGCACAACAACCGACACUACCCCCACCUCUCCCGACUCCAGGGAUGAGGAUCAGGACUACAUCUGCCCUCACUGCGCCUUUUCGGCCACAUGCGCAUCCACGAGAGUGGCCUUGACCGCCCGCUCUCAGUUCACGCAGUUCGUCGCGUUGUGUGCGUGUGUUGUGUGGAGUGGCGGACUGGUGGGCUGGGGACAGGCUGAAACAGCAGCUUCCACGGCACUCUCACGCAAGUGAGAGGCACGCCGUUCAACCCCCGUUGUGUGAAAUCCUGGUAUUUGUGUGUGUAUGGGGGGCCAGGUCAUGCCGUGGCGCGCGUAGUCAUGGUCAGUCGACCAUGUCAGCCACCGCGCCCAUUCCCCACUCCAGUCUGCUGACCGGCUCGGACAGCGGCUGAGGUGUGGGAGUGGGAAGGGAGAGUGACGUCGACGACGCAGCGCACUUUCUCCUCCCUAUAAACAAUCUGGCGCGCUUGAAGCUAUCACGGUGCGCUAAAAGCCGUGGCUUGGAAGGUUGCCAACUGACGGGGUAACUUGAACCUCCUCCUUGACUGGAGGCGGUCUGGGAGUCAGGCUGCAAUGGCUCCUUUUUAAUGUGGCCUUUAUGGCACUCUCAUCACAAUGUGGGAUCCGAGCCAGGCGUUGGCGGCACGCCCAGGUGCGGCUUCGGCGGUGCCAACCGCCAAAUCUCUCUUGUGUUGGUUGAAAUCCUGGUUAUUUGUUGUGUGGACCAGGGGGUGUGGUUGAACGCCAAGGUGAGGAUCCGUCCGCGCCAUCCACCUGCGGCCUCUCUCGUCUCCGGUCUUCUUGACUCUGUCUUGACAACGGGCUUGGGCGAGGGAGGAGGAGAGAGUGUAGGUAGAUGCUACGCAAGUCUACCGGCACUAUAAACCCCUGCGUAAGUCACCGUUCCUGCUCCCAUUGCUGCUGUAAAUGUGGGGCACACGGUGGACAUCAUCGAAAACGAUGGUCGAACUGUCAGGUGCUCGUCCGACCGUGCCAGCCACCUGCACGCUCCACCGUCCCCAGUCUUUUUGCCUUUCGGCCUUGACACUGGGUCCAAAUGGGGAGUGGGGAAGAGAGAGCGUGGUAGAUGCUGCGCAGGUCUACUAUCCCUAUAAACUAAUUCACGCGCAAGCAACCGUGACUUCUACACUUUGCUGUGUGGCCCACGGUGGACAUUGUCGGAAUCGACGGUUGAGACUGUCAUGUGGUCGAGAUACAGCAUAUCAGCGCAUUCACCACCACAAUAAAGUCAACACGACCCGCUACUGAUAUGGACUUCGAAUAACUGCGCCUGAUGAGAUAACACGGUUCCGCUUAAAACUGGAUUCUACUUAAUGGAACCCCCUUUUGUGGACUCACCUAGGCCAAAUCCAAGCCGUCUUUACAGGUAGACUGGUAUGUGAAGUGGGAAACAGGCCGUGCUUUACGGGCGUAGGCGGACCCUAUGUUUUGGUCAGCCACUGCGCCGUAAAAAUUCUCCUGCCAUCUUGGCGUCGUCUUGCCAUCGGAACAAUGAGGUUGAGGGAGCCUGCCUCACUAUAAAUUAAUUCGCGUUCAGAGCACAAUUGCUGUCCUGUUCUCUAAAAAAAUUCGCGCACUGGCAGUUAUUUACGACUGUCGACUAAAUUUAACACGAAAUCAGGUGGGCUCCGACAGUAGAUAUUUUUCCGCUUUGCUAUGUCCGAUUGCUCGACUGCCGUUGCUGAAGAUGCCUGUCGUGUGCUCCACAGCAGGAGGAGAGCGGAAACGGUGGCUUGCACAUGAGGUAGUUUAUAACGAUAUAAGGCUUGCGAAGCAUCAAUCUCACUCUCUCGGCCUCUUCAACUUCCAUGCGGUUUCGAGAAGACCGCAGACGGAAGGGGGCACAGAUUGCUGCCGUGACAAACAACCGCACCUGGACGUGUCAUCGCAGGGGUCUCCACUGGUGCCGAGUGAACCAGCAACUAGGCGUACCAUAAAAUCCCCAACGUACACUGACCACAACAAAAAAUAAAAGUGGUGGCAAGGAUCUCCACUGGCGCGGAGUGGACCAGACUCUGGACUUGCUACAACAUCCUAAUUUUGGCAUUUGUUAUUGGUGUGCUUUCCUGAUAACGCCGGCCGGACUCCGACUUCACAACGGUGUUGAUCCUGCUUAUCCACCGCGUGGCCUCUUUUAGGAGUAAUUAUGCACGGAAAGAAAAACAUGACGGAUACUGGGAUGGAUGUGCGUUCUCACUCACGAACGACGACCUACUGCUUGAGUUUAUUUUUAAAUACUCCAUCAGGGAAAAAGGAACUGUUAUAGGUGUCCGGCAUAAUGUACAGUAGAUGUGCUAACUCAUGAAAUGCCAAUCAAAAUUUCGAAAUGCGUUCUCGUUUCGAAAAGAUAAAUUAAGUAGUGUUGUAAAACUAAUCAUGAUGAGCAUAAAUCUAUAAUGAUCCAGUUACCACAGGGUGUCGACUUUUGAAAGAACGUAUUUUCGGCUGCAUGCAAGUUCUAUACUCUGUAAAAAUGACUGCUUAAAUAGCAUGCAAUUUUCUCAUUGAUUUUCGAUGCCCUUGAAAAUUCAAUUAUAGUUCAUGGAAAACAAGCAUAAGAAUAUUCAUUCUUUUACUUAUUCAGUAGAAGAUCACGUCUUAUUCCAAUUUAAUACUCAAAAGAAGGGUAUAAUUCGAUUUAAAAAACUUUUCCAAUUCCCGAAUAAUUUUGGACCCGACCUGCUGUUACGCUUGCAUUCAGGAUUUCAAAACUACAAACUGUAUAUUUUCCGUGUAUGGAAAACCGUGCAUUUCUCUAAGGUGUUAAGAGAAGACCAUACGAGGUUCACAAAAUUUAGCAGUGGGUUUAAGCAUUAAUGUUAACUUUACAAGCCACAUUCUUAAAUGCAGAUACAUGACGUUUCAUGAACCGGCUAUUUAACGGUAUUAAAAAAUCUCACAAUUAGAAACCGUUUAAAACCGAAGAAUACUCUUCUUUUGAGAAUGAAAUUGGAAGAAGACGUGAUCUUCUACCGAAUAAGUAAAAGAAUGAAUAUUCUUAUGCUUUUUUUCCAUGGACUAUAACUAAAUUUUCAAGGGCAUCGAAAAUCAAUGAAAAAAUUGCAUGCUAUUUAAGCAGUCAUUUUUUGCAGAGUAUAGAACUUGCAUGCAGCCGAAAAUACGUUCUUUCAAAAGUCGACACCCUGUGGUAACUGGAUCAUUAUAGAUUUAUGCUGCAUCCUGAUUAUUUUUACAACAUUACUUAAUUUAUCUUUUCGAAACGAGAACGCAUUUCGAAAUUUUGGUUGGCAUUUCAUGAGUUAGCACAUCUACUGUAGGUUAUCAGCAGAAAAAUUCGUAUGUGUUUUGAACAGCCAAAUGCAGCUGCCGAUAGUUUUUAACUUUUUUAAGGCAGUUGGAAGAGCAAAACGGGCGUUACGAGUGGAGUAACUGCAGCCGACUUCGAAUGGUCGCCAUAACAUCGACUGGGGAGUUUUUAAUCAUUAAUGGGAUUUUAUGGCAAGGGUGGCAGACUCAGAGGAAUUGAGUAUUGGAACGCGUACGAACUCUAUCCUCGCCUGGUGUAAAAGACCUGUUAUUUAGUUGUGGUGCUGGAAGACAUGUAGCAUAACUACCUUUGGGGUUUUUCAAAUGCAAAUUAUUUCUCAGUUAUUCAAUUACAACUCCUCACUUGUGUGUCCGGCGUUUUAAAAAUUUAUCUUUAACUUCGGGAAAUAUGACCUUUAUGUUCUUCCAACCGGGAUGUAAAUCGAACCUACGUAGAUCAUCUGGCCUUUUAUUACUGGCAACUUUGUGAAUAACUGGGCCUGCUUUAAAAAGACCUGCGUUUAUGGCUCAGAUUUAGACGUCUUUUUUAAAAGGCCUUUUGACGAGGAGGAAAACUUGGCACUCCUCGCCAAGGAUAAUGUAGACAUUAACAGCCAAUUCGCAUCCCGUCGUAAUAAGACCUCCAGGCCAAUCAGCGCCUUCCUGUAUUUCAAAAAGAGGUUUUGACACAUCCAUUCAUACACCAGUUCUAUUUCUAAUAAGAAGAUGCGAACUGGAAAACAGAUUUAAGAGUCAAAUACUUCACAAAAUAGCAAAUAACAGUAUGUUUUGGAAGUGUAUUUUACAAGUGAAUUUCUGCAUCAUAAAGAGCUCUAGUCGCCGUCUGCGAAUCUAAUCAGAUAUAACAGCAUUUAAGGGCCAAAAGUACCUUGAUGCUGAUAGAGGCCCCAAGUCGUUCCGCGUUUUGUACCAACCGAAGUUUCGAAAACAUGCCAUUAGAGGGCGCAGGAAAACAUAUGUAUGUAAAAUCCGCCGAGUGUAGCGGGGUCAAAUAUAACCGGAAAAACGGUCCAAUGCCAGAGACCAAGACAAAAAACUCAAUCCAAGACCGACAUUUUUCAUAUCGAAUACGCAAGUUGUUGUGACAAGUAAAUUCCACAAUAACGGGCGGCGAACUGACGCGAGAGCCCAUAGUCUCAACGGCAUGCACAUUUAUAUCAACCACCUGUUAAUCUAUUGACCCACAAAGUGCUGCUCACCAAAGCAGGUACAAAAUAGUAAAAUAUUAUUUAGUAUCUGUGAGGACAAGGUCGAAUAUUUACUUCCGUCACAGGAUAUUCAAAGAUUACUUAUCUAUGUGCUCGAGAGUAAAGAUACAGUUCUGGGUUACAAAAAGGCACAUUCUGGCUGAAAAUGGCCUCGGUAACAUAAACAAGUCGAGAGUAACACCAUCGACGCAUGAAGAAACAUCCCUACCGACCACAGACUUGUCAUAAUACUUUAAAGUGACGUGGAUUGCCUUUGAUUAAAAGUAACAGGCAGUAGUUUCCACUUUUGAAUCUGCAAAAUUAAGACAAUCAAAAUAAAAAGAGUGCUUGUAAGCAAGGUCUGUGUUAAAAUAAACGCACAACUUAUUAUCUGAGGUCGGGAAAUAUUAAGCAAAAAUGGUAGUGGAACUUAGAAUUUCCUAAAACAUCGUUGAAUGAGCUGAAUGACCAAAAUGUUUCCGAAAUCUUGCCGGGUAGUAGCCUAGGCACAGGGAUUAUUAGGCCCAGUUCUAUACAGGGAAGAGGUGGGACUCCAGUUGAGAGGAUGAAGUUUCCUGUUUAUAACUAUUGGAGAAGGGGUUAGUAGGAGUUGGCAGUCGAACAUGGGCACAUCCGACGCUGCGAGAGCGUCGUCGGCCAAUGUGAUACAAUGGAGCCAUCGUGCAGCGCCCUCAACAGGGUCAUGUCUGAGUCAGCCUCGAAGAUGAUUGGCCAGUUUGGACGGCCGGCACUGACCGGGAACCAGGCUGCAACUGCUGCGCUUUUACAAGUAGUCGCCAGAUGGGCACGGAUUUGGGUCAGUACAAAAUCACCUCGUCUGAGUUGCUUGUCAGGUCAGCUAAACACUGAUGCGUCUUGAUUUAAAAAAAGUACACAGCAGAAGUGUUUCCUUCAAGCCUUUUUGACUGCAUGAAAUGGGGCUUAAAGUAUGUCUACCCGAAUUGCGUUUGCUUGUCUGACGUUAGCCUUGGUCACUUUGUCCGGCAGCCCCGGCAGGUUCUUCCAGCCCCCCAAUUUCUGAAAUCCGAGAUUGGCUGAUCGGCCUAAACUUCUCAAAUAGAGUAAAUUUAAUCAGUCGGACUGUUACCUACUUUAGCAUACAUAUGUCCUGACCAGCCACCACGUUUGACUGUUAAAUGAGCGAAAAUUUUGCAUAAAAAUCGUUCAUAUGGAAUAAUAUCAUAUGGAACAUAUGGAACAAUAUCAGCCUUUUGUUCUGUGCAUGAUAUCUGGGUAGAAGACCGAUCAAAUAUCCUCGGACCGCCAAGUUGUGCGUAGCUCUUUUGAUGUGGGAAUCGAGAAUCCGCCUUUUAAGAAACCCUGACAGCAACCAGUAGCACUGCACUAGCGCAAGGCGCUAAGAUAGGGCAAUAAAUAGGCCAGGUUGCUGGUUGGUCAAGGUAGGUCUCCGCACUUUAGAACGUUAUAUCGGUCAGCGCAUGAUCACGCGCGAGUCUAUUAGUGUAUGGAUGUCAAGUUUUGGGUCCACGUGAAAAUUGUAGUAGAUCACAUUCUUUGUCUCUAACAGGUGGUGGCAAGAUCUAGUGUCCACUAACUGGUACCCGGCUCUCACGGGUGGCUCAUCAAAUUUAGGCUCUGCUAAGCGGCGAGAUAAAUCAUGUGAGGGCAGCUGUUGUUGUGUGUGUCCCCCCACCCGGUACCUCUGUUUUCGCUCGCAUCCGCCUCCUUCUACGCCUCACUCCAAAGGUCCUUUAGAGAGGACGAAACGCGAUCCCGCAGGCAGCUCAGACAUUCUCGUAUCGUUCUCCCGCUAUGCAUAUUUUUGACCUAAUGUGGAGUCUGGCAGACGUCUGGAAUGUCUAAGUAGCCCUAUUUAGAGAUAGCACUGCUUACCUCCUCAUGAAGGAAGGGGAUAGAAAAAGUGCACCAAACAAAUGCUGAGAUCACGUCCUCUGCAUGCUAACCGUGGCUCGAGAAUGGAAAACGCGUAAUUAAAACCCUCAAACAAACAACAACGACCCCCGCCGCAUCCCCUCUUCCGCAACCUACGGGUAUUCAGAAUGAGUCCGUUCACUCUAGUAACCUGGAAUGUUCGUUCUGUUUUGGACAACCUGAUGCACAAUCGACAAGAACGGAGGGCGGCGCCGGUCGCUCGAGAACUGAAGCGCUACAAGGUGGACACUGCUACACUUAGCAAGACCCGAUUCUCCGAAUAUGGUCAACUGAAGCAGUUGGACACCGGCUAUACCUCCUUCUGGAGCGGCCGCCCAAUUGCAGAGCGAAGUGACGCCGUCGUCGCCUUUGCCAUCUGGAACGACAUCGUUGGAAUACUACCCUGUUUGCCGCAGGGCAUCAACGACGACUUAUGA